GGGCAUGGAGGAGGGCGAGUUCUCCGAGGCCCGGGAGGACAUGGCUGCUCUGGAGAGGGAUUACGAGGAGUUUGUUAAUUAUCCGAACCGAACCGAACCUGCGGCAUCAUGUCCGGCGUCGCCUCCACCCUGGCCAAGAAGCGGGCCCUGGCCGCCGGGUUCGGAACCAACUCUAACGCYGUUCGGUACCUGAACCAGAACUUUGAGGCUCUGCGGACCCAGUGCCGAACCUCGGGCCAGCUCUUCUGUGACCCGAUGUUUCCUGCCGCGCCCGAAUCUCUGGGCUUCAAAGAACUGGGCCGGAACUCCUACAAGGUCCGAGGAGUCACCUGGAAGAGACCCGGG